CUGUAGCACUGCAAAGGAGAAACUCUGCAACUUUUUCUCGAUGAUUCUAUAGCCAACUGAUGUAACAAUGGUACUAAUACUGGGACGCAGACUGAACAGAGAGGAGAGCGGGAUACGAGAUUCCCCUGCAACCAAGCGGAAAGUGUUUGAAAUGGACCCAAAAUCGUUGUCAGGCCCUGAGUUUUUUGACUUCUCCUCGGGAUCAUCCCACGCUGAAAGCAUUCUCCAGAUCUUCAAUGAGUUUCGAGACAGCCGCCUGUUCACAGAUGUCAUUAUCUGUGUGGAAGGAAGGGAGUUCCCCUGCCACAGAGCCGUUCUCUCAGCCUGCAGCAGCUACUUCAGAGCCAUGUUUUGCAACGAUCAUAGAGAAAGCAGAGAGAUGUUAGUGGAGAUCAAUGGCAUUUUUGCUGAAGCUAUGGAUUGCUUUUUGCAGUAUGUAUACACUGGCAAGGUGAAAAUCACGACGGAGAACGUGCAGUAUCUCUUUGAAACAUCGAGUCUCUUUCAGAUCAGUGUCUUGCGUGAUGCCUGUGCCAAGUUCCUGGAAGAACAGCUGGAUCCUUGCAAUUGCCUGGGAAUCCAGCGCUUUGCAGAUACGCACUCGCUCAAGACACUCUUCACCAAGUGCAGGAAUUUUGCUCUGCAAACAUUUGAAGACGUGUCCCAGCAUGAAGAAUUCCUCGAACUGGGGAAGGAUGAGCUUAUUGAUUAUAUUUGCAGUGAUGAACUGGUGAUCAGUAAGGAGGAGAUGGUGUUUGAGGCUGUCAUGCGCUGGGUGUACCGCGCGGUUGAGUUGCGGAGGCCAGUGUUACACGAAAUUCUGACGCAUGUCAGGCUCCCGUUGUUGCACCCAAACUACUUUGUUCAGACUGUGGAAGUGGACCAGCUGAUUCAGAAUUCCCCAGAGUGCUAUCAGCUGCUGCACGAAGCCAGACGAUACCAUAUCCUUGGCAAUGAGAUGAUGUCUCCCAGAACCAGGCCACGCAGAUCAACUGGUUAUUCUGAGGUGAUAGUUGUUGUUGGAGGCUGUGAACGAGUUGGAGGGUUUAAUUUGCCAUACACUGAGUGCUACGAUCCUGUAACAGGAGAGUGGAAGUCACUGGCUAAGCUUCCAGAGUUUACCAAGUCUGAGUAUGCAGUGUGUGCUCUACGGAAUGAUAUUCUUGUUUCAGGUGGAAGAAUUAAUAGCCGGGAUGUUUGGAUUUAUAACUCUCAACUUAACAUUUGGAUCAGAGUUGCCUCCUUAAAUAAAGGCAGAUGGCGUCAUAAAAUGGCUGUUCUUCUUGGUAAAGUGUAUGUUGUUGGAGGAUACGAUGGGCAGAACCGCCUCAGCAGCGUAGAGUGUUACGAUUCCUUUUCUAACCGGUGGACAGAGGUGGCUCCCCUUAAAGAAGCUGUGAGCUCUCCAGCAGUCACCAGCUGUGUGGGCAAGCUCUUUGUGAUUGGAGGUGGUCCUGAUGACAACACGUGUUCUGACAAGGUUCAGUCUUACGAUCCUGAUGCUAAUUCUUGGUUGCUCCGUGCAACUAUCCCUAUCGCAAAACGAUGUAUCACAGCCGUGUCUUUAAACAAUCUGAUCUACGUUGCUGGUGGGCUUACCAAAGCAAUAUACUGCUAUGAUCCAAUUGAGGACUACUGGAUGCAUGUACAGAAUACAUUCAGCAGACAGGAAAAUUGUGGUAUGUCUGUUUGUAAUGGAAAAAUCUAUAUCCUUGGUGGAAGACGAGAAAACGGCGAAGCCACAGACACUAUUCUCUGUUACGACCCUGCAACGGGCAUUAUCACAGGAGUGGCAGCCAUGCCCAGGCCAGUAUCCUACCACGGCUGUGUGACCAUACAUAGAUAUAAUGAAAAAGGCUUUAAACUGUAAUCUUUUUCCUGAAAAAAAAAGAAGAUGAUGGCAUGAAUGAAUCCAGUGGUCUGCUGCAACACAGGCUUUUUAAAGAUUCCUGGAGUGGGAGAAUCCCCUUUCCCUGCCUAAGUGUCAUAUGAAAACUAUAUCCUGUGCCUUUAGAUAAAGGGUUAAUUUAACUUGCAAAACGAGACUACAAAUCUACACGGUAACCAGAGGGCAGUUACAUUUGCUGUGGCUCUGAUACAGGAGCAGUAACAGUACAUUGUACUGGUGUUCAGAAAGUUUGCCCUAUGUAUGAGAUCUGUAAUGAAAAUCUUGGAAGCUUUUUGGGGAAAGUGCCUUCACAAGCAUUUGUGUCUGUGUCCUGAGAAGCUGUAUCUGCAAGGUGUUUCAGGUUCUGCUAAUUGGAAAAAUAGAUAGACAAGGAAAUGUCAAAGAAUGAUUUAGGAUAAUUGCCUACAGAUCAAAAAAAUGCCUAUAUCAUUUGUAAUUCAUAGCUUAUUAUUCUUACAAGCAGAUUGCUUGCCUCAACCAAGUGGAUUUUAUGUCAGAUCAUGCAUGGUUUGGAAUUAAAAACGACCACAAAAAAAUAACCAACCACAAAAAAACCCCAAAACACACUGCAGACCUUGGAAUCCUUGGGU